UUGCCGCCACACGGUGUCUCUGUCUCUCCCAUCCAAGUUAAUUUUUGUUGUGAGACAUGGGAAACCAUAAAGUAUUGAAAGGCAUGCGCUACUCCAUGUACGAGUUCAUAGAUGCAGUGAAGGUACAUCCAAUAAUCUGGAACCGGGAGCACGAGGAUUUCCACAAUCGCGAGCUGCGGGAUCAGGCAUGGCAAAAAAUUGGACAGAAGUUGUGUAAAAAUUUCGAUGCAGCAACUGCGGCGGAAAAGCUGGAAAUCGCCAAAACAUUACUCAAGCGUUGGAAGAACACACGCGACAGCUUUUUGCGCGUCAAUCGAUUGCGUCAGAGCGGCGAGGAGACCGGUAGAGCUUCGUAUAUAUACGAAAAGGAGCUCAGUUUCUUGCUGGACGCCAAACAGGACUCGAUAAAGGAGGAUCCGAAGACGCCGGCGCCAGCCAAGCGCAAGAGAUUCGGCAUUCUCAGAUCCGAAACGAAGCGUCGCAGCUCGGGCCCUGCUCAGGAGGAUGAUGAGGGGGGCCUGCAUGCAGUGCUCGAUAGUCUACCCUACACAGAGGAUGCCUCUACGCUGCCCGAAGGGGCUCAGGGAACUAGCGCUCACAACAUUUCGGCUUUGGCUAAGAACGAAACCUCCACGUUUUCGAUGGACUUCACACACUCAUCAGUCAACAGUUCCAGCACAAUUAAUGCUCAGACCCCUUUGGUCACCAGCGAUCCCGAUCAGGCCUUUUUCGAGAGCAUUAAGCCGCACAUGCAGAACAUGACCUCCGACCAGAAGCUAGAGUUUCAGAUUGAAGUAUUGAAAAUACUGCGUAAUUUUAAGCCAAAGCCAAACUGAUCUACAAUUACGAGUAAGCCUAAGCUAGAGCAAUGGAAGGUGCAAUAUAUGUACAUGUAUAUAUUUACUUAUGUUGUUGAGUAAUUUGAGGACCAUAGCUUUAAUGCACAAUUAUACAGUUUAAAGAGAGAUUAAAUGAAAUUCCAGUCAUUUGCAGCUAUUCGAGCAAUAACAA